AUGGCAAGCUUUCCAGAAACCUCAGAUUCCUACCCCAUUGCGGUGACCUCUUACGACACAGCGCUAUGUGUGCUGCCACCAAUCGAACAGUGCGAACACAUCGACAGCUUACGCGAGCUUUACGACAUGGCAUACGGGAGAUGGCCAGCUCAUAUUAACCUUGUUUAUCCUUUUGUUUCACCCGAGCAUCUGUCUCAAGCGCGACAGCAGAUUCAAGCUCAGCUUCAAAGGAACGUGGACUCCAGUAGGACAAGGCGCAUCAAGCUUGACUCGGCGGGGUUGAUCAAGCAGCGACACAACAGCACAGCAAUCGUCCAAGAGCCUCAAGGUUCUUCAGAUGGACCUUUGAAAAAGCUUCGAUCUUUAGCCUUGCAGGCCCUCGGUCACCGACCCAAACCGCACAAUUUCCACUUGACGAUCGGUCAGACUGAAGAUAAUUCCGUGUCUUCGCUUGAGUUUCUGCUCUCUAAAGUGCGGCUACUGCCGACGCUGGAAUUCGAAAUCGGCUACUUGGCCAUCCUGGUUCGCGAGCGGAUGUCGGGAGAGCAUUCGGUGAACCGGAUGCGUUUGUGGGAUUUGGUCAAUGUUAUUCCUCGAGGAACUGCAAAGAUGACUGCUAUACCAGAUUAUUGGCUCAAAUAUCCCCUUGCUAGCUCUGCCGACAUGUAUCAAGACGCCGACAGGGAUGAUAUGUCUGAUUCAACGACAGCUUUCAGCCGUGCCAUACAACCUGGUAGGACCUUCUUCUUCGACAAAACACUCAGUCGGUGGUCAAGGACGACAAACUUUGGCCGAAUCCCUAACCAAACAGCGCCUCUCACGGUAUCAAGCUACAAUGUCUUGGUCGACUCAGAAUACCCUCCAGCACAAGACCGCGAUCAUCUACUUCUCAGUACCUUGCAAUCGGACUCGGCAAAAGCAGACGUCUUGAUCUUACAAGAAGUAUCCGACUGCUUCCUGUCCUCUCUGUUAAACAACGCCAAAAUUCAGAACCAGUACCCUUUCACUUCGCAUGGACCACCAAGCCAGUCGGAUAUUGGACCUUUGCCGAGUCUUCGGAAUGUGAUAGUGAUUAGUAAAUGGCCGUUCCGCUGGGAGUUGGUUCCUUUCCAAAGAAAGCACAAAGGUGCCAUUGUUGCAGUAUUCGACACUGUCGUGCCUGGUGGUUCUUUGAUUGUCGCUGGUGUACACCUAACAUGCGGCCUGACUGACGGCUCCGUUGCCGCGAAAAAGGUGCAGGCGCAGAGUUUAAUCAGACAUCUGACCCAUCACUACCUUAAUUCUCCAUGGGUAAUUGCUGGAGAUUUCAACAUCGCCACAUCCACACACACGAUACACCAAGCGCUACAGAAUAAGUUGAUCUCCAGCCAAACAAACAAUACACUAGCUGCUAUCGAAAGCCUGCUAAGUGAAGAUGGGCUUGUAGAUGCUUGGCUUGUCGCUCGAGAUGAGCAGUGCAGUGAGGCGGAUGGUGAUGAUGCUGAUAGACUGUUCGAUGGGGAGCAAGGCGCCACAUUUGACCCAAGGAACAAUAUGCUGGCGGCGGCGACUUCUGUAACAUCCCACAACCGACCUCAACGAUACGACCGUAUCCUUGUUCGGCCACAGAGGGCAUUGCGUAUUACUGGCUUCAACAUGUUCGGGCUUCCUGCAGAACUAAAUGGGGCUAGCGUAGUUCCUAGCGAUCACUACGGAGUGAGAGCUUCUUUGCAGCUUUUGAAGCCGACUGAACAGCUGUCUCCUGAUCAUUGCGAGACACUCAAUAGCCUCAGAGUGGAGCUUCGUCGAGUUCCUCACCUAGCUACUCGGGAACUGGUCUCCGUUCUCUCAAGACAUUGCAUGUUCCUGACUGAGGAAGAGAACACGAGACGUCGAUUAGCUUUCGUUUUACUUGAGGAAGUAGUUCUUGAAAAGUCGCAGAAGGGGUACCCAAACACAGCAGAUAUACCGCUCGUUAUGGUGGCAGUGGGCUCACAUGCGAUGAAUGUGGACACCGCGGGUUCCGACAUCGACUGCCUUUGCAUCGGUACCAUAAGCUCAAAAACCUUCUUCAAGCUUGUGCGCCAACGACUGCAUAAGGCUGAAAGCCAAGGUAUUCGCAUACUCCGGAAAGUCGAGGCAAGUACAGGAACCAUGCUCGAGCUUUCAGUCAACGGUGUUCCCAUGGACCUACAGUAUUGUCCAGCAGCCCGAGUUGUGGAAAGAUGGUUUGAGUUUGACAAUUUGCCUGCGUCUGACCCGAUCUUCAAUUUGUCGAUUCUCUCUCUGCGGAAACUGAAGCCUUACCGUGAUCUGCUGUACAUCAAGCGUACCAUACCGGACCAUGCUACCUUCAGCUUGGCAUAUCGAUGCAUCAAGCUCUGGGCCACGCAGCGUGGCAUCUACUCGUCUAAGUUUGGCUUCCUGGGUGGCGUGCACAUCACUCUAAUGCUUUCUUGGGUUUACAAACGGAUUGCUCACGACAUCGACACUCAAAAUUCAAGUCCCAUUAGAACUGAUGACUUGGUGACAUCUUUCUUUCACUAUUACGCGAACUUCAAUUGGGUAGAUGACAUCGUAUUCGACGCCUUCUUUCACAAGCAGAAACCACGCUAUCAUCGCACCGCGCGAGAGCCUAUGGUGGUGCUUGGUUUCCACGCGCCAAAUUCCAAUGUUGCACAUACUUCUACAGUAUCUGGACUGUCACUACUUGUACAGGAGUUCAAGUCCGCAAGUCUACGAUUAUCGGAGCCCGGUAUGACUUGGCAAGACUUUUUCGAGCCACCUGGCAUGCAUAGCUUCACUGGCAUGGACCUUGGCGAGACACAGUUCUUACAGCUUUACAGAAGCUAUGUAAGUAUCGACAUACAGUUCUGGGGUCGUACCUUGACGAAAGGCAAGAGCCUAGUCGGUUGGGUGGAGUCUCGAUGUCUAUCGUUGGUUGUUGAUAUCAACAAGUUUUUCUCCAACACUGAAGUUCGAUUAUGGCCCGCACGCUUCACGAAGUCUGGCUCAACGGCUACCAGUGACAACAAUGAUUACCAUGGUUGCUAUCUUAUCGGCCUUCAGAAGGCCACAACCGUGCCAUUGGGUAUGAGCAGCUCUGAUGAGCGGAGAGCAGCAAAGCAGUCUCUGGAGAAGGUGAUCGAUAGGUUUCUCACUCAGCUCCGAAUGGACGAGAAGAACUACGAUACAAGCACAUCCUGGAUUGAUGCUUCGCUGACCACACAACACGACAUCCAGACCCGAGAGCUCCGACUGGACGACCGUGAAUGGGGUGACUAUGCAAUGGAGAUUGAGCCCGACUCGGACGACGAAGAAGGAUUGGACGAGUUAGACGAUGAAGACGCCGACCUUCCCAAGCUGCCUGUCCGAUCUAAACCCAGUUCAACAUCGACACCCGUGUCUACUACAAAGCUGCGACCUGCCUCCGAUGUACUCAAUCGACUACGCUGGGAUCCGAAGCUUGAUCCAGCUGACUACAUUAUUGGCUACGAAGACCGCUUCCUUGGCACGCGAGAAACCAGUCUAGAGAAGUGGAAGACUGAACAAACAGAUGAGGAAUUCAUCCCGCAACACCGCAUCUUGUACUUCCGACGGAAGUUCAAUAAUGAGGGAGAUGGUAGAGGGGAGCUUAUCUGGGAACGAGCAACAAGAAUCGAUAAGAUAUUCGGUAGCGGCGCUGGUUUUGGAUCGUAA